AUGUUGGGCUACAGACAAAUUCAGAAUGUUUCCUCGUUAGUGUCGACCAUUGAGUCGUUGGACGGAACUGCGGCUGUUUUUCCCCGAUGGCGCUCUCGUCUCGAGGACGUUCUAGGGAUGCAAAACACUCUCGAUAUUGUUAAAGGUACCCUCCCACGUCCAAAAGAAGAGUUGAAGGACGCUACCAUCUCCUCUCGCACGGCCGAUUCCAAAGGAUACAACCCAAAGGAGUCAAAAGAAGACUGGGAUGCGCUGUCCGAGAUGGCUUGUUCAACUAUCCGUCUCACACUGACUGAUCCACUAGCUCAACAAUACAGGAAGGUCAAGCCGGCUUCUCGACUGUACACAACCAUCGUUAACGCUUACGAGAAAAACACUCGGGCCCGUCGAAUACGAUUGCAGGAAGCUUUCUGGAAUGUUCGUCACGAUCCUAACAAACCGAUCGCAUUGUGGAUCGGUUGUCUUAGGGUAGCUGCCGAUGAUCUUCUCUCCAUCGAAGAACUUCCGACUGAUCGUCAAAUUGCUGAUCGUUUAGUCGGUGGACUUGAUCCCUCUUGGUCAGCCGUCAGAGACUCAGUCGUCUAUACUGCAAAAGAAAUGUCGUUGGACGACACUAUCGGAGCGUUGGAAGCUCAUGAGGUCAGCCUUAAUGGGACCGGCCAACACGACCUUGUCUCUGCUGCAUCAGACAAACAACUAGCCUGUUCCAACUGUGGCAAACGUGGCCACCAAUCUUCCGAGUGCCGAAAGAAGAACUACAUCAAAACCAAAGCUGGCGCCGCGACUACGGUUAAACUAGGUGGUUACGACUCUGAAUGUUUUGAUGAUGGUGAUGAGAUUGGUGUCAUCUAUGAGUAA